GAUUGUGAAUUGAUCUUUCCAGCUUGGUUCCUGACCAGAUCCUUCAUGUUUUAUACCAUCCGAAGAAAUGGAUAACGUUCACACUGAUGUAUUAGUAGAUAUCCUGACAUAUCUAUCCGUGGACUCUCUGCUGAAGUGCCAAAAGGUAUCUAAUGAGUGGAAUGGAGUGAUUCUUAAGACAGCGUCAUUGCGAUACAAACUAAUGCUUGGCAUGUCUGGAUAUGCAGAGGCGGCAGACGGGGGGCCUACGACGACAGCCGCACGCUUAAACCUAUUCAAUGCAUUCUAUCAUAAAGAUCAAACUGCUUGGAUGAACCCUUCUAUCGGUCACGUCCAACUCAGUAUCCCUCUGUUCGUGGAAGAAUGGGACGGAAAUUUCUUCUUUCAGGAUGGAUUGUUCAUACGUACCAUGCUCGAGCCGGGUAGCUUUAAGAUGAGUCGACUGCAAGUCAAUUGGUUACAAAGUUCUCUUGUGGAUCCGGAGCAUCGAAUCAGUACGCUGGAUUUCAAGACGCCUGUUGCGAUGUAUAAGCACGACGCAUCCCAAAACCUCCUGCUUUGUUGUUAUUUUGAAGUGGUAGAUCUAGAUAAGUGUGUGGCUAGUUAUCGUUAGGUACUCAUUUCCUACUAACUUGUCGAAUCAGCAACCUCUGCAGGUUGCAUGUAGAACCCUUAACUCUCACUGACGGAAACCUUCACCAUCUGGCUCAGGCUGGCUCGCGGUUCACUUUUGAUCCAUCCAACCAAGGGUGCCAUUCGCUAAAACACCUUACCCUAUCAUCACUGGUAGCUUUGCAGUCUUGGAAGGCCUAUGUCCCGAGACUGCACUUAAGAUGACUUCGGUGUACCACUGGCCUUCAGGCAAGCGUUUAAUCCAAUUCAUCGAUACACCGAGUACCACCCACCCAUCAGUGCUUCCACUCCAUGACCAUCUCCUUGUCAUCAGAAUCAAUGAAAAAUGUGUCGUUCUGGAUGUAUAUAAACUUCAAGAGCGCAACAGUGGGAGCGAUGGUCUUCUGGCAACGUUCGGCUUUCCCCCAAUACAUAGAAAUGCGUUUGUGGUCGAAUCCGUUCUCAUUCCUCCGUGCACAAGCUCGUAUAACAUCCUAAAUCCCUCCCAACGUCACCCUUUGUUCUACAUGGAACCGGUCUUAGUAGGGGUUCUCAUCCAAGUUGAAUUCCUGUUCUAUAUCUUCACUGUCCCCACAGCAAUUUUCCAACCCGGACAAUUCAUUCCGGAAUAUUCACCCCGGUCUCCGAUUGAGUCCAAGAUAAUACCUUGGACUGCGUGGGGAGAACGCUACACAUGCGUUCGUACCGCUACCAACAGGUCAAUGCCGAUGAGGAUCUUUGGAUACAAUGUCUUCACCGAGGACGAAAUCUUCAACUUUAACCCAUACAGUCACCAUAGCUUGAUGCGACAUUACUUCCAGUCGUCGGUCGCCGAGUAUGUGACUCUUACGCAGGCCCUCACGGGCGACGAUGGACGAGGAGGCUUUACAUGCGAUAUUGUCUCCAGGUUCCCUCAUUGGAAGGUCCCUCUGAACCGUCCUGAAGCCGUUACGGAAGCGACGAGUUGUGAACCUUUCGAGAGUGGUGAUGGACCGAUGCUGCUUUGUAUAUCAGACUCAGAGUUUGCCGCGGAAGUAUAUUCACUUGGAUGAAUUGCUUGUGUACGUCUACAGAUUGCAUGCGCGAUACCUCAUGUUAUCAAGAUCCCGCUCCCUACCAUCCAAUUCAUUUGCAUCCAUUCGCAGACCUUAUUGUUUGUGCCACAGUCAUCACUGGAUACCCUUUGCGUUCUAUCUCCUUCAUCAACCACUGUGACUCUUAAGCGGACAAUCGACGAAGCGUACACAGCGAUAGCAUCUUUUGUAUUACCCACGAUUUCUACAUUCUAGCUUCAGCUUUCCAUUCGUAUUUUCUUGUCGAUGUCUCCCAGCAGUUCAAAUGAUUAUCUUCUGUACGAAUAUCCUUCAACGCGGUUUUGUUGAGGAUU